GGGGUAUUCUAGUAGAGAGGUGGAGGGGGACAUUCAAUUAAAAAAAUACGAUCAAAUUUCAACCUUUCAGAGAAGAAGAAAAUCCGUAAAAAAUAUUUUUAGAAAAUCAAAAACUUUUUUAAAAAAUAAAAAAAUUUCUUCAAAAAUAAUUUUUGAACUUAAAUCUUUGACCCCUCUAAAUAAAUAAAAGAAAAUCAAUUUUCUAUUUUUUUUCUCCCCUUCACAUUUUUAUUUACCAACACUACAUAUUUAUAUUUACUCUUUCCCCAAUCAUUAAAAUUUUUAAAAAUAAAAUGAAAUUCAGCACUAUUUUAGCUAAAGAGCAACAUUAUCGUCUUAUAGUGGUAGGAGGAGGUACAGGUGGUUGCGCGAUAGCAUCAAAAAUUUCUCGUUUAUUACCUCCAAAACAACACCAAAUUGCAAUUAUAGAGCCUAAUAUGAAGCAUUUUUAUCAACCCGGAUUAACUUUACUCGCUGCUGGAUUAAUGAAACCUUCUCAAUUAAUAAGAAAUGAAUAUAAAUUAAUCCCGGAGGGAGUGGAUUGGGUUAAAAAUGCAGUUAGAUCGUUCUCUCCAGCAGAGAAUCGUUUAACAUUAAAUGAAGGAGAUAUGCAGUUAACUUAUGAUUAUAUGGUGAUAGCGACUGGAUUAGAGUUGAGAUAUGACUUGAUCGAGGGAUUACCUCAUGGACAAAAAUCAGUAUUAGAAGCACCAGGCAUUUGUUCAAUUUAUUUUCCCGAUGGAGCAAUAAAAACACUGGCAGAAAUAAAAACAUUUUCAAAAGGACAAAAUGCAAUAUUCAGUUUUCCAAAUACCCCAAUAAAGUGUGGAGGGGCACCACAAAAAAUUUGUUAUUUGGCAGAAGAUAUAUUUAGAGAAAGAGGAGUUCGGGAAGGUAGUAGAGUGAUUUACUGCACUUCUUUGGGAGCAGUUUUUGGUGUUCCAAAAUAUUCAAAUGCUCUAAUGUCAGUUAUAAAAGAUAGAGGGAUAGAAUUGUUUACACGCUUAAACCUGGCUAAAGUAGAAGUAGAUAAAAGGAUUGCUACAUUUCAAACAUUAGACGAGAAUGGACAAGUAAUUAAAGGGAAGGAUGUAGAAUUUAAGUAUAAUCUCUUACAUAUUGGAGCUCCCUGUUCACCCGUUAGUGAAUUACGGAACCAUGCCCAACAAAAAGAAAAUAAUUUGACAGAUGCACAAGGAUUUGUUAAAGUUGAUCCAAAAACCCUACAAUCACCCACAUAUAAAAACAUCUUUGCAAUUGGGGACUGUGCAAAUACUCCAAAUGCAAAGACAGCGGCUGCCGUAUCAAGCCAAUUAAAAACACUUUUCCCAAAUUUACUCUCAGCGAUGGAAGGAAAUAAUUUAACAAAAUUUUAUGAUGGAUAUUCUUCCUGUCCUUUACUAGUAGACAGAAAACGUGUUAUUUUGGCAGAGUUUACACCUAAUGGUCCUCUUGAAACAUUUCCUUUUGAUCAGAGCAAACCAAGAAGAAUUUCCUAUCUGAUGAAACGUUAUUUAAUGCCCCCACUUUAUUGGUUAUUACUCGUUCGUGGAUAUUGGCUAGGGCCGGAAAGGCUGAGAAAAUUGUUUCACCCAUUUACUUCUUCCAAAACAACCCAAUAG